AUGAAGCCUAUCAUGAUCGUCGGGACGAGCUCCGAGAGACGCCAACAAUUGGCUGUAAAGCACUUUUCGGAUAAAUUUGAAUUGCUAUAUUUAUCACCCGACAUUAACGAAAAAGCGUAUCGCUCGAGUUGUCCAGAAACACUCACCAAGCUAAUUGCGGAGGCCAAGAUGGAUAGAAUUCGACAACUGAUUGAAAGUGACGAGAAGCUGAGGCUCUCGGUGCACUCCAAUCAACAUAGCGUUGCGGUAACGUUCGACCAGGUGGUGGUUUCGGGUGGGGAGAUCCGCGAGAAGCCCGUCAGCGAUGUGGAAUGUCGGGCAUUUAUCCGAAGUUAUUCCAACAGCAGCGUCGCCACCGUUCAGACAACGGUAGUCUAUCAUUUUGCCACAAAGAAGAUGGUCUCCGCUCCAAAUCACACCAUGACGUAUUUUCGCGAAAUCUCAGACGAAGCGAUUGAGCGAAUCGUGGCGCGCGGGGCCUGCCGACACACUGCAGGGGCCCUGAUCAUUGAAGAUCAAGAUAUGCUUGCGAGGAUGAUUAAGAUUGACCCCGGUGAUGCGGAUGCGGUUCAGGGAAUGUGCGUGCAAGUGAUACAUAACCUCUUAAACCUGUUCUGAACUUAAAGGGACCUCAUGGAUAUCAACCCUUUAAGCAACUGAAACUCUUCUGAAAAAAGAAAUCUUCUGGUGAUGAACUGUUAAUUUCUCUAUUAAGAAAUUUGUCGGGGCGUAGUGCACCAUAGCUUAGCUUUUUCCUUAAAGGGGUAAAAAUAAUUCCAAAUUUCCCUAAAUCUAAUUUUAUAGUGCUAAUCAGCAGGGAGUUCACCCUAGUCCUCAUACAUUGAUUAAUCCCGUAUCGCUCAUGGUUGCUUUUAACAUUA